AUGGCUCCAGCCUACACUACUGACUACUCCAAACUUUCCAACAAGGAAAAGCAUAAAUUACGAAAACCUGCUGUGGAGAAGAUGCUCGAGAUCAGCAUCAACAACUGCAUCGAGCAGCUCAAGACAAUUCUGGAAAAGGAAUUCCAGCAGCAAGACCCCAACACCAAGCUGGAGAAAGCCGAUAUUCUGGAGAUGACUGUGGCCUUCCUGAAACAGCAGAUGCAGCCCAAGACCUCAGCAGCUCCACAGAAAGCACACUUUGACGGCUACUCCCAGUGUUGGAGGGAGACCAUGACCUUCCUGUCGGUCAACUCCAAGGUGGACACAGUACGUCAACAUCUGAACCACUGCCAGGAAGCCCAGAGAUCCGCUGAAGAUCUCACUCGCCUGUCUCCAGCAUCCCAUCAACCCACCAAGGUCUCAGUGAAGCAGGAACCAUGUGCUCUCCGACCUCUCUGGAGACCUUGGUAGAGACUCCAAGCUCAAAGACUUUUCCAUGUAAACUAGAUGGUGGUUUUACCAUCUCUUAUUUUGUAGGAGAUCCAUAUUUCCGUUUCUAUGUUGAUUUCAAACAUAUUUGCAACUGCUUCAUAUUGAAGCUUCAUUUGUUUUAUUUUGUAAUAAGAGCUUCUUUGCCAAUUCAAUUGCUAUGAUUAGUAUGAUGCUAGCUUUCAUUUUGUCUAGAGGUGUUCCUCCAUGUGAUGCUAAUGUUUUACUUGUAAACAGUGAUGUUGCUCAGUAUCUGAGCGCUUUGUAUAGUCCUGUUGGGACUUUUAUGGAUGUUUGAUUUAGCCCUUUGUAAAGGCUAUUGAAAAACAGUGUAUGUUCUUGUUUCGUUGCACUGAAACAUAUGAUGGACACUGUGUGUCUAAUAUUGCAUUUAAUAAAA